AUGGGAGACUGGAAUUUCCUUGGGGUAAUCCUGGAGGAAGUCCACAUUCACUCUACCAUAGUUGGAAAAAUCUGGCUUACUAUCCUGUUUAUAUUUCGAAUGCUGGUCUUGGGAGUAGCAGCUGAAGAAGUUUGGAAUGACGAGCAGUCACAAUUUGUAUGCAACACAGAGCAACCUGGAUGCAAAAAUGUCUGUUAUGAUCAAGCAUUUCCUAUAUCUUUGAUCAGAUAUUGGGUUCUGCAGGUCAUUUUUGUGUCUUCACCUUCAUUAGUCUACAUGGGACAUGCAAUUUACAGACUUAGAGCUCUUGAAAAGGAAAGGCACAAGAAGAAAGCACAACUGAAAGGGGAACUUGAAGGAGUUGAGUAUGAGUUGACUGAGGAUCAGCAAAGAAAACUUAACAAGGCUCCUCUUCGUGGGUCUCUACUCUGUACCUAUGUUAUACAUAUAUUCACUCGAUCUGCUGUUGAGGUUGCUUUUAUGGUUGGUCAGCAUUUACUUUAUGGUGUUCAGUUAGAUCCACUUUACAAAUGCCAGAGGGACCCUUGCCCUAAUGUGGUUGAUUGCUUUGUAUCAAGACCCACAGAAAAGACAGUAUUUAUGUUAUUUAUGCAAAGCAUUGCAGGUGUUUCUCUUUUUCUUAAUAUUCUGGAAAUAGGACAUCUGGGAGUGAAAAAGAUAAGGAAAGGAUGUUUAGUAAGAUAUAAACUUAAAGAUGAAUUUGAUGAUUUUUAUGUAAUGAAAUCUAAGAAGCACUCCACAGUAACUCAUACAGGCAUUGGGACAUCUUCUAGUCCACACAAGACCCUUCCUUCAGCUCCUAGUAACUACACUUUGUUAAUGGAUAAACCAAAUGAUCCAUCUGUAUAUCCAAUAUUGAAUCCUCCUUGUGGAUUUCAUCCUAUAGUAGAUAUGCGUACAGAAAACAAUAAUACCUGUAUUCUUGAUGAGCAAGAAACCAAAUCAGCUAAUGAAGUCAACCCUGCAAACAUGGCAGACAACCACUUCCACAAUAGCAGCUCCAACAAUAAUGAAAAGUUCACCAAAACUUAUAUUUCUGAUAACAAAAUUCCAAAAAGUCAUCCACAAAGGAAAAGUGGAUAUAUAAUAAGCAGUCGAUCCAGUGGUGAAAGUGCACCAGGUAUUCCAAUGGGAACAAUGACUGAAAUACCUUCUGAGGACACUGUGGAUUGCUCUGUAAAAAAUAUGAUUUGUUCCACAACCAGUAAUGCAGUUCGUAAGACCAGGAGAGUUAGUGCCCCUUGGCACAAUUCUAGGAUGGGUGACAGAAGUGGUUUUGUUCAAGAUUCUGUAUGCAGCAGCAGAGGACGCUACAGCUUCAGUGCAAAUAGAUCAUGGGCACUCUCCAAGUCUGACCUGAAGCGCAUCAGUCGGCCAGCUACACCAGAAGCCCUAGGGGAGCAGAGUCCAGAAUACAAGCAGAAUGAGGAGUGUGAUGGCUCUGUGACCUUCUCUCCAUCUCGACGGAUGUCACUGGCAAGUAACGCCAGUAGCCGGCGUGUCCCCACCGAUCUACAGAUAUAA